AUACCCCUCAAUUUAGCAAUCAUUUCUUUGUUUUUUUUCCCUCCAACUCAUCCCCAUUUGCCAAUUCUCUAUUCAUUUGGUCUUGGAAACUUCUCAAACAACUAGCAUAAUGACUCGUUCCAAAUAUCCAAUUUAAAAACGCCAAAUAUCACUCGUUGCUGCUUUGAUUCAUUCUCGAUUGUUUCAUAACUGUUUCCUUCGCCUUUUGAGUUUUGAUCCUUAUUCUUCAUGUCCCCUGGAUAUCAUCGAUCUGAUGAUCUCUUGAAAAAGGCUUUGUCUCUUUUAGUAAAAUUCGAUUAGGAUUUGAAUCUUUUGUUGGAUUUCGUAUCGGAUUUCGGAAAUCGAGCCGAAAACAUAGCAUAUUCUUGGUUAGAGAUUAUGGAUUUGGAUAAUAUAGAGUGUGUAUCAUCUUCCAAUAGAGUAGAAGGUGCAGAGAUCCAAAAUUUCGGUCCGAAGCCUCGUAAUAACACGGGAAUGCCUCCUGCUACAAGUGUUCAUGAACUGUUGGAGUGCCCAGUUUGCACCGGUUCAAUGUACCCUCCAAUUCAUCAGUGUCUGAAUGGGCACACGUUAUGCUCGACCUGUAAAACACAAGUGCACAACCGAUGCCCAACUUGCAGACAAGAACUGGGAGAUAUCAGAUGUUUAGCAUUGGAGAAAGUUGCAGAAUCUCUUGAACUCCCAUGCAGAUAUUACUCAUUAGGAUGCCCAGAAACAUUCCCGUAUUACAGCAAGCUGAAACACGAAAUGUCAUGCAACUUCAGACCUUAUAACUGCCCAUACGCUGGAUCAGAAUGCUCAGUCACGGGUGAUAUUCCUUUUCUUGUUACACAUCUGAGAGACGACCAUAAAGUAGACAUGCACACAGGCUGUACCUUUAACCAUCGUUAUGUUAAAUCUAACCCACGUGAAGUUGAAAACGCCACCUGGAUGCUGACUGUGUUCAAUUGUUUUGGAGAGUAUUUCUGUCUGCAUUUUGAAGCGUUUCAGUUGGGAGUGGCGCCUGUGUACAUGGCGUUUGUGCGGUUUAUGGGUGAUGAGGUGGCGGCUCGAAACUACAGCUACAGUUUAGAGGUUGGAGGGAAUGGAAGGAAGCUGAUUUGGGAAGGAACACCGAGGAGCAUAAGAGAUAGUCAUAGGAAGGUGAAGGACAGUCAUGAUGGGCUCAUAAUACAGAGAAACAUGGCACUUUUUUUCUCAGGUGGUGACAGGAAGGAGCUCAAACUCAGAGUUACAGGGAGGAUAUGGAAAGAACAACAACAACAGACCAAUACUACUACUACCACUACUACAGAUGCUGCUGCUGGGGUGCUCUGCAUACCCAUACCCAACCAAUUUAUAUGACUCGAUAUCAUCUUAUCUUUUUUACACGUCUCUUGUGGUUGUACCUUAACAACAUUUACAUAUCUCGAAUGUAAUGUGUGGAGUUGAAGAUAGAUAGAUAGAUGCAUAUUUUUGCCAGGUCAACCACAGUCCAAUCCUAUUGUGCAUACCGCAAACAAACAUUGAGAAAACAUAUAAGAAUUUGUUUCUUGUUUCCAUA